ACAGAAAUUAGGAAAUACCAUCCUAAAAGACUUCAGUCCCUACAGCAGUGCCAUAUUUCUUUUUCAGUACCUGGAAAUAUUGCUAUUACUGCUAGGUUUGUUUGCUCCAUCCUCCUCCCUGUUGUUCUCUCUCCCAUGGAAGUUCCAGGAGCCUCUGUCACACAAUGCCAUCUAUCCAGCUGCCACUGCUGCUCCUCUGCCUGACCUUGUGUAGUGUUUGCCUCAACGGGGAGCAGCCCCUUCCAGGAGGAGGUGAGGACAUGGGAAGAAGUCCCCUGGAUGACAUCCUGCAGAGAUCUGGAAGCCUUAUUCUUCAGUCUGUCCUCAAGAAAGCUGACAGGGAAGAAGGGAUGAAUAAAGAAUCAAAUGCCCCUCUGCCAGAUUGGCUUUCCAAAAGACAACGCCCUGGGAAAAAGUACCUGAGUGACCUAGAGAAGAGACAGCAUCCUGGAAAAAGAGAAGUUGAGGAAGACACAUCUCAUGGAGAUGUUCAGAAGAGGCAGCAUCCAGGAAAGAGAGAGCUAGAAGAUGACCUUGAUGGCUAUCUGGAGCUGAAAAAGCGACAACAUCCUGGCAGAAGGUCAUUGUUGGAUCAGUUUGCUGACAUCCCCAGUGCACAGCUAACCUACUUGCAUGAGUUAUCCAAAAGGCAGCAUCCUGGCAGAAGGUAUCUGAUGUCCAAGCACCAGCAUCCUAGCAAAAGAGGCUGGAAUGAUGAGGUAGACCUAAAUGACCAAUAUGGUGAGAAACACCAGCACCGUGGGAAAAGUCACGGGAAUUCUGACAGCCCAGAUGAUGCAGGCCCCUGCAACUUUCAGGGGUCCUUCACCUGUAACAAAGGCAGCUUGUUGCUUGAUUUAGUAGAAAAUGUUAGCAAAGACAGGGUAGAAGGAAAACGUCAGCACCCAGGAAGGAGAUCAGCAUGGGAGAAUGAAACAGAGGAAUAA